AACAUUUAAGCGGAAACGGACAGUGGAAGAUUUCAACAAGUUCUGCACUUUUGUGCUCGCAUAUGCCGGUUAUAUUCCUUAUCCACAGGAGAAAGUGCUGUCAGUGUUGCAGGGUGAAGUGGCCUUGCUUUCCUCAAGAUCAUUCAACGAUGUGACACUUUGUCCUCCAGAGGUUCCUAUCCGUGGCAGUGCGCAUUGGGUGUACAUGGCACACCUCUUAUGAGCUGCUUUGCUGCUGAUGCUCUUGUUUGAUCCACAGAAAUGGUGGUGGCUCUUAUGUCAUGGCCGCUGAGAGACAUCCCCCCUCCAAAAAAACCUCAGCCCUCCCUCCCAGGGAGGCGCACAUGAGGAACAGCUCUAGUCCUCCCAACAGCACCGGCAGCACUGCAGACAGCGACGGAUGGGAGAACCAGAGGCUGGGCUGCGGCCUCUCGUCUCCAGAUGAGCCCCCACCCAAAAACCGCAAGAGCUUUGCUGGACUCAAGAGACCCACGAGCGAGGAUUCCAAGCCUCAGAAGCAUCCGAAAUCAGCAGGUCUUCUUCUGGAGGGUCGAACAAAGGCAGAUAAAGUGAAAAAGAAGAAGAAGUUGAAGAAAAGCAAGGAUGAGUAUUUGAGAUCUUUCGCCCCAUUUUCUCCUCCUAGUGCGGAAGGUGAGAUUUCUACUUAUGGAUGUACCAUCAAAGAAGAACCAGAAGAUUACCUCAGCAUCCCUGUACCCAAUGACGGCAUGGGUAGCAGCCAACCUAUGCGCCCUGGCACAAGUUCAAAGCCUGCCUUGAAUUCACCGGGUACUGCAACGUGCAAAGAGGAGUCUGAUGUUUGCCGUCCUUGCUGGAACGGUUCUAAAAGUUCAAGUCCAAAGUCAGAGGAUGUCGAGAACCACUUAAAACUGGAAGAAGAGGCAGAAGUCUUGAAGGUCGAAGGUUUUUCUGGUAAAAGGACUGUAGUCCGUCAGGGCAAACAGGUGGUGUUUAGAGAUGAGGACGGAUCGGGGGAUGAUGAGGACAUCAUGGUGGAUUCAGAUGAUGACUCCUGGGACCUAGUGACAUGUUUCUGCAUGAAGCCGUUCGCCGGGAGGGCAAUGAUCGAAUGCAACCAAUGCAACACCUGGAUCCACCUCUCAUGUGCCAAAAUCCGCAAAUCCAAUGUUCCCGAGACGUACAUCUGCCAGCAGUGCAAAGACUCAAAGUUUGACAUUCGGCGCUCCAAUCGCUCACGAAUGGGCUCUCGAAAACACCUCCUCGACUGAUGCCGCUCUUCUCGUUCUUCCCGUCCACAUGUACAGAAACUCGUAAAAUUGUCUUCUUGAAGACAAGACUCAAUGAGCUCAGAGGAGGAAGGGCUCAGUGACCUGCUUGCAUCACAUUUUUUUGUUCCUGUUUUUAAUAUUUCUCAAUUUCCUAAAUGUUUGCGUCAGGCAAUCAAUACUAGGAUGAUGCAUUAACUGGAGCAGAUUUCUGCUGGACAGACAGACAGUUGGAGUUGUGACGGUACGCAGCUGAAGGUUAUCCACAAUCGGAGUUGUGCUGGAAAGAAGGGACUGGGGUGUCGGAUUGCACUUUUUUUAAAAACAAAGGGGUAGCUAGAGAUUCCCUUUUUGUACCCAUAGCUUUCAAAAGUAUGUAUAUUAUAUGAAAUAACCAUAAGAUAUUAGUGUUCAAGGUGUUUAGACUUAUCAUUUUGUGUGGAUCUUUUCAGAGACCCCAAAAUGUGGAUGAGCGAAAGAGUUCUGAUUGUUAAAUGUUGAGCAAAGUUUUCAUCAGCAAUCACUGAUGAUUUCGAGUGAAAUAUCAGAAAUGGUUCUUUACUACAUUAUUAUUAGUAGUAGCAUUUCUUUAAUUUUUUGUUAUUGUUUUUGCUAACAAAUUGGUGGUAACUAGAGACUAUAUGUGUCAUUUCUUUUUCUUGAUUUAGAAAUUCAGAGUUUUUUUGCAUUUUCUGCCCUUCAUUGAACAAGAAACCUUUUACUUGCAUUUUGUAAUGUUUUAAGGAUAUUUUUGUCAUGCUUCCCACAAAGUAGACGUUUAAUAUUUUAAUUAUGUAAA